CUUCCCCGCCGACGAUGGCCGCCGCGUCGGAGAAGACGGCCGAGGACAUCCGCCGCGAGCUCCAAGAGCUCCAGCGCCAGCACCGCGAGAUCAGCGAGCGCCUGCGCGACCCCCGCGGCCUGCGACGCGGCGCUCCCCCCACCGGCCCCGGCGGCCCCCGCCCGCUCCGCGGCUUCCAGAGACCCGCUCCGGAACCAGUGGACCAGCCUGAGCCGAAGCGCCGCCUUCUAUCUGCCGUGGUUAAAGUGGACAGCGCUGAAGCUAAGGAGGACGAUGCGAACAGUGCAGCGGCGGCGGAGGGGCGAGAGAAUGGAGGUUCGGUUGCUGCUGAAGGUGCUGAGAGGAGGGGAGCCGGUAAUGGUGGGUUCAGGAGGGAUGGGACCCAGUGGAUUUCAAGGAGGGAGCUUGAUAAGGCGCUGCCGGAGCCUCUCCCCAGGCAGUUUCCCAAGGAUGACGACCAGAGCUUGGUCAGGAGGAACAGGAGAAUGCUAGGGAAGCUCCUUGUUGGCACGCUAGAGAAAUUUCAGCAAGAGGACAAAAAAUUGUCCAACUCAGAGGCUUUUAUGCGUCGAUCAGAGGCUCAGCAGAAGGCUGAUCAAAAGGCCCGCGAGGACAGCGAAAGAUUGCGACAGCAAGAGCGGGAGCAAGCAGCAGAGAAGCGUAGGCGCGAUAUGACACUUCGUGCUCGAGUAGCUGCUAAGGCAGAAGAGAAGAGGUUGGAGCUGUUGUACCUACAGUGGACUGAGCAUCACAAAAAGCUGUCCAAUUUCUUAAGGACAAAAGCUGAACCAGCUAUUUAUUACAUGCCAACCAAACCACUAAGUGAUGAUCCAGCUAUUGUUGAGCAGACCAAGGAAAAGACAUUCGAAGAAUGGAAGUCUGUACGUAGGGCUGAGCUGAACCAGUUUCAGAAGCAAGUUGAGGAGCACUAUAUGUCUAACGUCGAGAAGCAGUUGGAAAGAAUUCAGAAUGCCCGGAAUGCUCGGAAGGGGAACGUCCCUGCUAACAUGCAGGAAAUGGAUAAGGAGCUGGACACACACAGGGCAGAGCAUGGUCCAAAGGCUCGGCGGAUCCCUGACGGUGACAACGAUGAGGAUGAAGAUGUGGACGACAUGGCCGUGGAAGAUUACCUGAUGGAUGAAGUCCUUGGCGUCAGCGAGGACCCAACCAAGCCGUCUGAAGAGACUACUGAUGUUGCUCCUGUACCUGACGAAGCACAGUAGGCUGGUUAUUUGCGAGGUAGGCGCUUAGGCAUUGCGAUUCAAUGUCGUUGUAGUUGCCCUUCUGUUGUGACUGUGUACGUGUAUUGUUGUUGGGUUUUUGUCUUUCAGAAUGAUGUGAUCUCUUGCUGUUGAUGCCAUAUACAUGAUUGUUUCAUUAUUCUAUUGUCAUUUCUAA